GAGACAUUGUACCGGUGGCGGCGAGCAAAAGUAAACAGUCAUCAUCAUCGCGGAGGAUUGAGGAGGACUGCUGGACGCUUCACCUCACAACAUUUCCCCAGUAAACCAUGGCGCUUGAGUCCCUGCACGGCGUGGAGAGGUAUCAGCACAAAUGGAAUGGCGUGGAGGAGGAGGCCACCAUCCCAGAGGUCGGGAACUUCACCAACCAGUUCCAGCUCAUGAUGCCGCCGCUGCCCAAGGCUGAGUGUCAGGUGGGAGAAUUCCUGGUAGAUGAGACUGGCCGCAAACUGAAGCUCAACUAUGCGCACGGCACUACCACACUCGGCUUCAAGUUCAAGGGUGGGACAGUGCUGGCAGCUGACUCACGUGCCACCUCUGGCCAAUACAUUGGCUCAGGCAAUGUUAGGAAGAUUAUUGAGAUCAGCCCAUACCUGUUGGGAACCAUGGCUGGAGGGGCAGCUGACUGUACCUACUGGAACAGAGUCUUGGCCAAGCAGUGCCGUAUCUAUGAACUCAGAAAUCGUGAGAGAAUUUCUGUUGCUGCUGCCUCCAAACUCCUUGCCAAUAUGGUGUAUCAGUACAAGGGUUAUGGCCUCUCCAUGGGUGUUAUGGUGGCUGGCUGGGACAAGAAGGGUCCUGGCCUGUACUACGUUGACAGUGAUGGCAACCGCAUGUCUGGCAAUGUGUUCAGUGUAGGCUCUGGCUCCUUGUAUGCGUAUGGUGUUAUUGACUCUGGCUACCGCUGGGACAUGACUGAUGAGGAGGCACACGAGCUGGGGCGUCGUGCCAUCUAUCAUGCCACCCACAGAGAUGCAUAUUCUGGUGGCAUUGUGCGAGUUUACCAUAUCAAGGAAGAAGGUUGGACAAAGAUUUCAGAGCAGGACAGCAAGGGUCUCCACUAUAAGUAUGCUGAAGAGAAGUAAUGGACUAUGUAGGUGUAAACUGUGGAUGUUAACUGAUGUGUCUUUGUUAAAAAUAAAUCAUUAAAUUUGAGACACUGGCUUACUUCAUUGCCAUCUUUACCUGCUUGUAAGUUCUGAAUAUUUGUAUUUACAUAAUACACAAUACUUUCAGCUCAGGCAUAGAUGAUCACACUGUCAUUUUUGAAGUAAAAAUAUUUAUCAGA